CUUCCACGGUCCAGUUUAAACUUUAACUCUCCAAUAACAACACAAUUAUUAUUAAAACUUUAAAAAAAUGUUACUUUUAAAAAUUAAUUUCUUGUUGUGCAAUUUUUAUGUGUUAAUUCAAAGUGGAUUCGGUCAACUUCCCCCGGAACGUUUUCGAGUAAUCAAAGAAUGGAAAUACAUUAAUUUCACAUGGCCCGAUUUUAACACGUUGAGAUCCGCGUUAACCCGAGGCGAAUACAUCCCUCAAAACGUUUUAAUGGCCGGAAUAAAUUAUUACGAAGAUUAUUAUUAUUUAGCGCUACCAAGGAUGAAAUUUGGAGUCCCGAUUACUUUGGGACGAAUCCCGAUUAAUUCAACAUCAAAACCUUUAAUCGAACCAUUCCCAAGUUGGGAAAUGAACAAAUUAAACGAUUGCAACUCAUUGCAAAACGUCCAAAACGUCGCUGUUGACCAAAUGAAACGAAUGUGGAUCAUCGAUGGUGGAAAAACGAACACGUUGAAUAAAAACCCCACGACUAUUUGUGAUCCUAAAUUGGUUAUUUUUAACAUGGAGAUGAACGCGGUUGAAUCGGUCCAUGUUUUUCCACCGGAAGUGGCUAAUAAGAACGUUAGUUUUUUGUAUGAUAUCGUUAUCGAUGAUGAUUUUGCUUAUAUCACCGAUAAUAGCCGAAUCGAACCCGGUUUAAUCGUUUAUUCGCGGCUACAAGAUAAAUCUUGGAAAAUCCAAGAUGAAACGAUGAAAGCUGAUGAAUCAGCGAUUGAAUUUACCGUUGAUGAGAUUCGAAUUUCAACCCCAAUUAGUAUAGCGGGGUUAGCUUUGAGCCCAAAAAUUAAUAACACCCCGAAUCGCCUCUUAUUUUUUUGCCCAAUGUCGAGCACAAAUUUAUACUCGAUUAAAACAAACUUUUUAAAAGAUCAAUCAUUUAUGGCCGGAAAAAAAUUCACCGGCGAAAUAAUCAAAGUUGGUAAUAAAGGGGGCCAAACCGACGGGAUGAAAAUGGACAACAAAGGAAUUUUGUAUUUCGGAUUACUCCCAUCGUCGUCGAUAAUCCGAUGGAAUUCAUCACAACCCUUCGUUUCAUCCCAAAAAGUUAUAGCGCGUGAUCAAAAAUUCAUUCAGUGGCCAAAUUCUUUCGCUUUUGACGAUUUAGGGAACAUCGUUGUGUUAACAAAUAGCUUACAAAAAUACAUCCAAGGAAAAAUGGAUAUUGAAGAACCCAAUUUUCGCAUUUUAAAAGCUUACACCAACGGAAAAAGUUACGUUUAUCCCGACGAAAGCUUCUCUUACAUAAUCCAAGAUAGUGUAACAUCCAAAAACGAUCAACCAAACGUUAUUUUGACGACUAAUAACGAUAAUAACGAUGUUAAGAUGAAUGAAAUCGAGAACGAAGACGUAACCAUAAAGAAAAUGACGUCAACAUCGACAAAUUUACAAGUAACAACAUUCGGAUUUUGCGUUAUUUUCAGUUUGACCUUCGGCUUUAUUGCGCUAAUGUAACAGAGACUAUUUUUUUCUUUAUUUUUUAGUUUAUAUUUUAUGUAAGAGAGUGUUGUUAAGUUUGAUAAUAAAAUUUGUAA